AUGUUGAAAAGUACUAAUCCGUUCACUACCGAAAAUGUUUUUGAUAGUAAUUUAAAUGUAGGUAAUACUACAAAUACCAUAAAUACUAUAAAUACUAUAGAAUGGUCGAGAAUUAAUAAAUUACCAUCAAUAGAAUCAGGUGUAUCUUUGCAAACUAUUGAUAGAAGUAUGUCUUCUUUAAGUACUAGUACAAGUAGUAGUACUAGUACUACAAGUACUGCUGAUAACAACGAUGACAUUACUUAUUUACAAACUGUCGAUCCUUUACCAGUAGAACCACCUUUAUAUGACUCGGUGAAUCCUUCGAGGAGAAUCACUUUCCCAGUAUACGAGACUCGUUCUAAUGAUAGUAAUUUACCAGUUUAUACGCCUGCAGUGGAUUGCUUGACAUUAGCCGCUAUCAGAUUGGAAUAUAUCGAUCCGGAGACUCAUGCUAGUCUCUUACGUUCCAAAGUUUGGUCGAAUUUUAUUGUAGAAAUUAAUUCUACACAAUUAAACCUUUAUGCUAUUGAUCCAAUGUUAACUUCAUCAAUAAAAAAUUACAGAGAUUCGGUGAAUCCAUUGACUAGUAAGAAAUUAUCUACACAACAACCUCAAACUCAUAGAUUUACAUCGGAAGAAAGGGAGAGAAUAUUAGAUACAAUUAAAACAACUCCGGAUCAAUUCUUGAAUAGUGCGACUCUGAGAAGAACGUAUACUUUACAACAUGCAGAGUUUGGUCUUCCAUCAGAUUUCAUUAGGAGGAAUAAAUUGGGACAAGAUCAAGUUAAUGUAUUAAGAAUUAGAUGUGAAAAUCAACAAUUUUUAAUUAGGUUGGCUGAUAUCGAUGAAUUAAUAAAUUGGUCUACAAAAUUAAGUGAAGGAAUCGCAGUCUCUUUGGAUUUACAAAUUAGAAAUAUUCCAGAUUAUAAAGUAUUCCCAAGAAGACGUAACAGACAUAGACAUCGUGAUAGAACAGAUUCUGUUACAUCUAGUGUUGUAUCAUCGCGUUCUGCAUCGCCAUCACGUGCUCCUUCAUCGUCGUAUCCUUUAUUUUUAGUCACGGAUUCCCCCGCUUCAACUUCGGGUUCGGACUCAGCCUCAGCCUCGGGUUCGGGCUCGGGUUCUCCUACAUUCUUAUCUAGAUCAUCUACAAACAUCUCAUCUACUUCAUCAUCGGGAUCAAUAUUUAGAUUACCAUCGUCCACUGCAUCUUCAAGCACAGGAAACAAUAUAGAGUCCAAUGGGAAGAACCUCAUUAUAAAGAGAGUCAUAGGCAUGUUUAACAAAAAGAAAACAAAUAGCGCUCGUAACAAUAAUAACUCUGUCUCGACUUUGACUUCCGUUUCUGUUUCUGCUUCUGCUUCGGUCUCAGCACUUAGAUCUAGAAGCGCAUCGAUUUCCAAUGUAUCACAAAGAACAGUGGCUGGUUCACGUUCAAAUAGAUCUGUCUCAGUGACUAAUUCAAUUAUGGAAACAGAAAGAUCUAUUCAACACCAUUCUAAUGAGAGACAAACUGUUAUACAUGAAAGAGAUGAAGAAGAUAUGGAUUUUUAUUCUGAUGAUGAGGAUGAUGUAGAUAACAAUGAAGAACUUGAUUUAGAUGGUGAGGAUAUUAAAUGGCGUCCUGUUCCAAAAAUCACUAAUCGGGAAAAACAUAUUAGUACAAGUCUACGUUGUCUACCUGUCUUCAAUGAGACUCAUAGUUGGCUGGGGAAAAUUAUCUUGAAGGAAUCUCAUAAUCCAACUAAAUACGAUACUAUUAAUUUACCAAUUUAUUUUAUCAAUACAGCAACAAUGUCAAAAGAAGGUACUCAUCAUAUGCGUAUUAAGAAUCAUUGUUUACAUCCAUAUGUAUUGUCUCCAAAUGGACUCAUUAAGCAUGGAUCAAAGGUAUUUGAUCUUUGGUACGAAAUGUACAAAUAG